AUAUAUGGUAUAGGUUGAGGAAGAAGGAAAGAAAAUAGAGAGAUCGAAAAAUGGGGAAAUCAGAAUCAGCAUUGUUGAAGUGGAGGAGCUCAUUCCUCCGCUAUUUGUUGAUAGUUGUGAAUUUGGCAGCCAUUGGAGCAGCUCCCCAAGGUUCUCUCAUCACCAAACUGCCUGGUUUCACUGCCAAUUUUCCCUCGAACCACCAUUCUGGGUACAUAAAUUUAGAUGAGAAUUCGACAGGGAAGAAGCUUUUUUAUUACUUCGUGGCAUCGGAACGGUCUCCGGCGGAGGAUCCGGUGGUUCUCUGGCUCAACGGCGGCCCUGGCUGCUCCAGCUUCGACGCCUUCGUCUAUGAACACGGACCUUUCAAUUUUGAAGAAGGAAAUCCAAAGGGAACUCUCCCCACCCUACAUCUCAAUCCCUACAGCUGGUCCAAGGUUUCAAAUAUUAUAUAUUUGGAUUCUCCUGCUGGUGUUGGCUUAUCCUACUCACCAAACGAGGCAAAUUACAUAACUGGAGAUCUACAAACUGCUUCUGAUACCCACACUUUUCUUCUCAAAUGGUUUAAGGCCUUUCCAGAGUUCCUUCAAAAUCCAUUUUACAUAGCAGGGGAGUCUUAUGCUGGAAUCUAUAUCCCUACACUUGCUUCUCAAGUUGUCAAAGGGCUAAAAGUUGGGGCUGUACCAGUAAUAAAUUUUAAGGGUUACAUGGUGGGGAAUGGUGUGACUGACCAAAAGUUUGAUGGCAAUGCUCUCGUCCCCUUUGCACAUGGAAUGGCCCUCAUCUCGGACGCUAUCUUUCGGGAAGCCGAAGCUUCAUGCAGUGGCAAUUACUACCGCCCUCAAACUAGCGACUGCUCUAAAAAGCUUGAUCGAGUUGAGGAGGUUCUGGAUGACUUAAACAUAUACGACAUCUUGGAACCAUGCUUUCAUGAACCAAAUGCGAACAAAGCCAACAAGACAAACACAAAUUUACCAUCGAGUUUUCAGCAACUCGGACAAACGAAGAAGUCUUUGGCUGUCAGGAAGCGGAUGUUUGGUCGUGCUUGGCCGUUUAGGGCACCAGUGCGUGAUGGCAUUGUCCCAUCUUGGUCUGAACUUAUUGAGAGUGACACCAAAUCCCAUGUCCCGUGUAUGAAUGAUGAAGUUGCAACGACGUGGUUGAACGAUGAAUCUGUGAGAGCGGCAAUUCACGCCGAGCCGGAAAAUGUGGCAGGUCCAUGGGAGCUAUGUACUCGUAGAAUAACGUACUUUCACAAUGCUGGAAGUAUGAUUCCUUAUCACACAAACCUUACUUCUCAAGGAUACAGGGCCCUUAUCUACAGUGGAGACCAUGACAUGUGUGUGCCAUACACUGGAAGCCAAGCUUGGACUUCUUCACUUGGAUACAAAAUUGUUGAUGAAUGGAGGCCAUGGCUCUCCAAUGCCCAAGUUGCUGGGUAUUUACAAGGAUAUGAGUACAAUCUCACUUUCAUCACCAUAAAGGGAGCGGGACACACUGUACCUGAGUACAAGCCCAAAGAGGCAUUCGAUUUCUAUAGUCGAUGGCUAGAAGGAACUCCGAUAUGAUCAAAAUUGAAACAUCUAUCUUUCAAUUGAAUGAUAUAAAAAAUCAUUAAUUUUCCUUUUGUAUCCAAAUGAAACCAAAAUUAUUGCAAAUAUAAACUUAGCUCAGUUAUAAUUGACACAUGUCUCUGACCAAGAGAUCAUGAGUUCGAAUCUCCCCACUUGUUGUACCAAAGAAACAAAAAACUAUUUACUACAUCAAUACAUCAUCAAU